CCUUAGUGUGCCACUGUAACUUGAAACCUCUCUCGCCAGAGGGAAGAUGCCUCCUCGUUGAUACUAAACAUUCCACUUCCUCCACGGCUAACACACGACUCGAGCAGCUGCCGCAUCCACGCAUGAAGAUGGCACGGCUACUCCGUCAUCUUCGCGUUUUGUGCGGAGUUUUCUUGUGGAGCCGACCUUCCAACGGUACGAUAGCACCUACUAGCAGUACACCUACGACCAAAACUACCUCCGUGCGCUUCCUUUCGUCACAGCGCAAGAACUACAACAAACCGGUCCCUUCAUUGUCCCCUCCACGAGGACCUUCAUCAGUGCGUGACGCUGCAGCUUCGGUGCAGCGUCCAAAAGCAGGACGACAUGAGCACCCAAUACUCGAAACCACAGCAGGCGUGAAGACAACACUCCUAUCAAACCUCGUCCCGCACGUCGAGGUGCCAGUCGAAGAGUCGUCAGUCUUGACUACCAGCGUGGUAGAGGCGGGGCCUGACGACCACCCAGAUGCAGAAGAGCGCUCGUCUGCACGUCACCGUCUAGAAAGCCGCGGCCGUCAUCUCGGCGCAGCAGGUGGGCCUUCCUGGUACAAAAGCGAAAAACAGUACCUCUUCGUCGAGCUCUGCGUUCUGAUCUUCCUGAUCUGGAUCGUCAUUGUGUUUGAAAAGAUCGAGGCGCUGAUCGAAAAGCGCUUCGAUCAUCAACACCAACAAGUUUGCUCUGGUACGAGCUCGAGCGCAGCUACGGGCGGGUCUUCUUCAAACUCUGUCGACCCGACCCGGCACCACAGUUCUGUCGCGCAAAGCAACAAUAUGACGGAAGGCAGCGCACCAUGUACAGUCACUAGCAUGGUAAAUUCCUCUCCAAGCCUACCACUUCCGGACCAGCACAGCGGACCGGCGCACUCCUCGUACGGAGUCGUACAAAAGGACGAUCACCACGGGAAGCAC